GUCCCUGACACAUUACUCAUUACACAGAGGAAGUGUGGUGAAGAAAUCUGGCAGAUUGAAAAACAACCCGUUCAUUAAAUCACAACGAAAUGUUUCCAGAUCUUAAAAACAAGAAACGUGUGGCCUGACACUGUGUGAUGGAGCUGGCUCACAGUUUGCUCCUCAACGAAGAUGCUCUCCAGAGGAUCCAGGAGACCAAGAGACCUGUGUUCAUAUUUGAAUGGCUGAGAUUCCUGGACAAGGUGCUAGUUGCUGCUCAAAAGUCUGAUAUCAAGGAGAGUCAGAAGAAGCUGAUAAGUCAGCUGACUGCACAGAUCAGUGGGAACCAUGGUCCACCAUCCAGAAAACUGCUGGCAAGAUGUCUGGCCACUCUGUUCAGUGUUGGAGACACAUUUGCCCUGUUUGAAACCAUAAACACAUGCAAUGACAUCAUCAAAAAUAAAGAUGAUUCCCCAAGUUACCUGCCAACACGCCUGGCGGCCAUUGCCUGUAUUGGCGGAAUGUAUGAGAAGCUUGGAAGGAUGGUUGGACGGUCAUUUGAAGAAACAGUCCAGUUGCUCAUCAAGGCUUUGAAAAAUGCUGAGUCUACAGGUCGCUGUGAAAUUAUGGUCACACUGCAGAAAGUGGUGCAAGGGCUUGGUUCUGCAGCUUGUGGUGUCCACAAAGACAUCUAUAAGGCCACCAAAUCCUGUAUGACAGACAGGUCCAUGACCGUCAGGUGUGCUGCUGCCAAGUGUUUGGAAGAACUAGUCCACGAAGCUCCCUUCAUGUACACCACAGAGACAGAGGCGGUGGUCUCGCUGUGUUUCCGUGCCCUGGAUGGCUCCAACUAUGAUGUCCGCUGCUCUGUGGCGGAACUGCUUGGCCGUCUGCUGGAGGCUGCACUCACAGCGAAGCCACAGGGGACCAAAGGCAAGCAGAUGAAGCUGGAGGAUGUUCUGAACCUGUUGUCAGCAGGCUUCCUGAAGGGAGGUUCUGGAUUCCUGAAGAGUUCAGCAGCAGGAGAGAUGAUAAAGGGAGGAGGCACAGUGAACAGGGAGAUCAGAGUAGGAGUUACCCAUGCCUAUGUCCAGUUUGUACGCUGUAUGGGAGGUACUUGGUUGGAGAAGAACAUUGUAGUGUUUCUGGAUCACAUAUUCAACCUUGUGGCCAACCCCAAGGCCACUGUUACCCAUGUGGAUGCUGUCUAUGCCAGGAAGUGUGUCCAGUUCAUUCUGAGGACUGUAAUAGGAAGUCUUCUGGGGGAAAAGGCACAGAUUGCUGCUGCCAAGGAAAUUGCUCAAGUGAUCACAAAACAAAUGAAUCUUCUCAGUCCAGAUGCGAUGACGGAUGGUACAGGUGGUAACCAGACCAUUGACUUCACUGGGAGUCAACACAUCUUGGUCUGUGCUCUCCAUGAACUGGGCAGUCUGGUCCAAACACUGGGGACAUCUGCUUCUCCACUCGUGUCUGAGCCUAACUCUGGUAUCAUCCCACCAGUGAUCAGCGUCCUCCUCCACAUCAGCCCUGCUGCCCGCCUGGCCGCCGCCUGGUGUCUGAGGUGUAUAGCAGUGGCUCUCCCCUCCUAUCUAACCCCUCUCCUAGACCAGUGCAUGGGUAACCUCAGCAAGAUGAAGGCCUCCCCAGAGGCUACCUCUGGCUACUGCUUUGCCCUGGCUGCUCUGCUGGGAGGGGUGCAUCAGUGUCCACUGGGAAUACCACAUGCUAUUGGGAAGAAAAUCUUCAGUCUCGCGGAAGAACUGUUGAGAACAGCCUCCCAAAACAGUCGCCUCUCUCUACAGAGGACUCAGUCUGGGUGGUUACUUCUGGGAGCUCUCAUGACUUUAGGUGCCCCUGUGGCUAAGAAUCACCUUCCCAGAAUGCUGUUGCUGUGGAAGAAUGCCUUCCCUCGCUCUGUCAAGGAGCUGGAGGCAGAGAAGUCGCGUGGUGAUGCUUUUACCUGGCAGGUGACACUAGAAGGGAGGAUGGGAGCUCUGGCAACCAUGCAAAGUUUUAUCCAGCACUGUGGGGAGUUAGUGACUGAAGAUGUGACCAGGAGACUCAUGGCUCCAAUUGAAUGUGCUCUCACCAUGCUGGCCCAUAUGCCUGGCAUUGUGAAGAACUAUGGUGCCCAUCUGAAAGCAGCAGCAGCCAUGGUCAGGCUAAGACUGUAUGAUGUGUUAGCUCUACUUCCACCAAAGACUUAUGAAGGUGCUUUUAAUGCUCUGCUAAGAGAGUUAGUGGCAGAGUUCACCCUGACUGACAACCCAGCCAAUACCACCACCUCAAUGUUGAGGUCCAUGUGUCACAUAGAUGACAGCGUUAUACUGGGCUCAUGGCUCCAGGAGACAGAUCAUAAGGCCAUAGAAGACCAGCUUGAGCCUAAUCGUAGGUUGGAUAAGGAGCAUUUACAACCCAACAGUGCAUCUGGGUCAGGAGCUCUGGAACAUGAUGCCAUCUCUCUGUAUCUACGCUUACAACCUGGUGAGGGUAAGCCAGGUCCCCUGCCCCUGGGUGUGGCUGUCAUAGACAGCUCUGUGAAGCUGUAUGGGUUGAUCUUCCCCCGGGUCCCACAUAAACACAGGCUGAAGAUGUUGCAGCACUUUGCAGACUGUAUCAAACAUGCCAAGUCUCACAGGCAACAGGCUGUGCAAAUCAAUAUUUUUACUGCAGUACUGUGUGCUCUUAAGUUCUUGGCAGAAAAUAAAACUGGAUUUGGUCAGCUUGAAGUCAGAAAAGAAGCUGUGAAGUUGGUCUUGGGUGCCCUGGGCAGUGCCAACCCCAUCCUGCGCUGUGCUGCAGGGGAAGCUCUAGGAAGAAUGGCCCAGGUGGUGGAAGACAGCAGGUUCAUUGCUGAAAUGGCACAGUUCAGCUUUGAUAAGUUGAAGUCAGCCAGAGAUGUAGUGACCAGAACUGGACAUUCACUGGCCCUAGGCUGUCUCCAUAGGUAUGUGGGAGGUAUGGGGUCUGGACAGCACCUUAAUAUGAGUGUCAGUAUACUGCUGGCACUGGCACAGGACACCACCUCACCUGUGGUACAGGUAUGGUCCCUCCAUGCCUUGGCUCUGAUAGCAGACUCAGGUGGUCCAAUGUACAGAGGUUAUGUGGAGCCCACCCUCUCCCUGGUGCUGAGCUUACUCCUGUCUGUUCCACCCUCUAACACAGACGUCCACCAGUGUCUGGGCAAGUGUCUGGCUGCUCUGAUUACAACUAUAGGACCAGAGUUACAAGGUAACACAGGUUCCAUAGCAACUGCGCGGCUGUAUUGUCUUGUUUGUUGUGCCAUAAUGCAGGACCAUCCAGACUCUCUUGUCCAGGCAGAGGCCAUAGCUUGUCUACAACAACUUCAUAUGUUUGCUCCCAGGCAUGUCAACUUAGCAACACUGGUGCCACAUUUAUGUGCAACGUUAAACAGCAACCACUUGCUCCUACGUCGUGCAGCUGUGGCCUGCAUGCGACAGCUCGCUCAACGUGAAGCACGCGAGGUCAGUGAGCAUGCACUGACACUGGCUGUGGAGGACAGGACAAACAAACCAGGCAUCAUCAUCACAGAGACUGGGCUGGAAGGAGCUCUGUUUGAGCUCCUGGAUAGUGAAACCGAUGCCCAACUAUGCAAGGACGUUCAUGACACCUUGAUCAGCAUGCUGCACUCUCUGGCAGAGGAAAACCUGACCCGCUGGUUUAUGCUGGUUAAAAAUGUCCUGGCUGCUGCUACAGAGUCUGGUACCCCAGUAGACAGCCCUAUGCAGGAGACAGCCACUGGCAAUGAAGAUGAUGACGAUGACGAUGAUGAAGAUGAUGAUACCGAGUUCAAAGCAGCAGAAGCUGAUAUCACUCAUCCCUUGAUUGCCCCAAGGUGGCCCACCCGUGUGUUUGCCACGGAGUGUAUGAGGAGGAUAGUUGGGGUCUGCGAGGGGAACAAUGCCAACUUUGACCUAGCUCUGGCCAGAGAACUGAAACGCACCAAUGGGAAGGGAGAUUACCUUGUCCUCCAUUUGUCCGAGCUUGUUAGGGUGGCAUUUAUUGCAGCCACUGCAGACAGUGACCAACUCAGAUUGGCAGGACUGGCCACAUUACAGGAUAUCAUCCACAAGUUUUCCAAGGUGCCAGAGCCAGAGUUCCCAGGUCAUGUGAUCUUGGAGCAGUAUCAAGCCCAAGUAGGAGCUGCCUUGCGUCCAGCUUUUUCUCCAGACACCCCAAGUGAUGUCACUGCUGCUGCCUGUGAGGUGUGCAGUACCUGGAUAGGCAGUGGUGUGGCCAGAGAUCUCAAUGAUUUACGCCGAGUCCACCAGCUCCUGGUCUCUUCCUUGGAGAAACUCAAGUCUGGGAAGGGCAAGGCUCAGCUCUAUAAUGAAGGGGCCUCCACAAUGGAGAAGUUGGCUGUUCUCAAGGCUUGGGCUGAGGUUUAUAUAGUAGCUGAAAACCGGGAGAGGGAGAGAGAUACCACAAUAAAGGAGGAAGAAGAUGAGUUUGGGGAUGCCAUUAAUGGAGAAAGUUUGUUAAGUCUGGUAAAGCCUGAACUGCCUACACUGAGCAAACACUGGCUGUCUGCACUGAAGGACCAUGCUCUGUUAUCACUGCCCCCAGAGUUGUCCAGUCAGUUGCCUGCAGAGGGAGGCACAUUCUACUGGGCAGACACCAUAGACUCCUCCAGACUUCAUUACAAAAAAUCCUGGGCUCCAAUGCUUUAUGCUGUGGCUCUCUGGUUGAAUGAAGGGGGUCACGCAACCAAUCCCAAAGAGUCCUCAUCAGCUGCUACAACUCCUGUUGAGCCACCCCCUGCCAAUAUGCAACCAGAUGAGCUAGAUGAUGACAGAUUCUUUCUUUUGAUAGGUAUAUGUAUGGAGGCCAUGUGCAGUCCAGCCUCAGUUCAACCCUUGGAGAAUGUGGAGAUGUGUCUGAAGUCUAUGUAUGCUUUGCUGGAUAAACCAUGGCCCCGCAGCAGGCUAGGCAAGGACAGUGCUCUGUCUAUAGAAGUACUAAAUGUUAUGCACAGAUUAAUCCUGACCCGUGAGAACCCCUCCACCCAGCAGUUGGUCCUGGGUGUGGUGCAGCAAGUGGUUAAGGCAGCCCAAGAACACUUUGAAGCUGAGAGAACAAGAGCCACAGACGAAGACACAGGAGCAGAAGAUCAAGAGAACCCACCAGCCAACAGCGAGAAGGUUGUCAACCUGGGCGAGGGCGGAGAGAGUGGAGAGAUCACCCCAGGGAAGUCUGUGGUGUAUGCCACCCUGGAGGUGAAUCUAUGUGUUCUGAUACGUUAUAUCCCAGCACUGAAUCCAGCACUGCCCAGCACAGGCUUCACUCAGCCUCACAGGGUAAAUAACAUGUCAGAGGAGGUUGCUCAGCUCAUAGCUUCUACCCUCAACAUCAUGAUGGAGUUGCCUGGGCUCUGUUCGCCUAGAGGCACUCUGUCUGUACUGCCUACCAUCCUGUUCCUGGUGACUGGCGUUAUACGAGAGCUAGCACCCAGAUCACCUGACCUUAAUGGCGUUCCCCUGCCUGUAGCAAUGUCCCUGCAGGUCCUGAAGGCAUUCUGUAGGUCCCACUUUCUACAGAUAGAGGAGUGCAGAGCUGGGUGGAUUAAAUUACUGCAGAGCACCAUGGCCACCAUCUUGGCUUUUGCCAACCCAGAUCAUGAGAAUGACCAGCCAGGAGUUGACCAGAGCAUUCUCAUGCUGACCCUGGCAGUGUUCCUCACCUCAUGCCCCACCGAGGUGACCACUCCAAAGAAUGUCCAGCAACCCUGUGUGGACAUAUUCAAGGAGGCGUGGCAGUCACAAAAUGAUAAAAUCAUCCUGACUUGUGUCCAGACAUUGGCCUCUCUCUUCCAACAUCCUGACAGAGAACUUUCCACACCAUAUAUUCAUCAGCUGGGUCCAGCAAUAUUGGAAAAUAUGCCAUCUUUUUCCAAGAAUAGACCCAGCAGUGAUGUGAAACUAAACAUUGCAAAGGAAAGCAUCCAUCUGUUGGAAGGCUUGGUAGCUGCAGCAGAGGAUAAUAAUAGAAUUCAACUGAUUUCAAUGCUGGUGCCAUUACUUAUUUCCUUCUUGCUGGACAAUUCCGAAUUGGCCGGUGCCAGCAAACCCUCCCGGGACCUUCACCUUUACGCCUUACAAAGACUGAUGCAGGUGGGACCUCAGUAUCCAGAACAGUUCAGAACUGUCAUGGGAAGUUCAGUUAACCUGAGGACAAAGCUGGAGGCAGCUGUGAAAGCAAACCAACAGGCUAAAAAGCCCCAGGAACAAAAGGCUCAAGAAGUGAAGUUAAAACCAGUAAAACCAAGUAUUCAGCUUAAAACGGACUUCAGUGAUUUUGCAAAGGGAGGGAAAUAAGGAGGAGGUCCUCCCCAUGUAGUAGUCGCUUACUCUAUUCAUUGUGGUGAUCACUUCAGGAAGAUUGAUCACACAUCAUGUCAAUAAUUUAAUAUUGCCAAUAAUUUGAACACUUAGAUAUAAUCGGCAUUCACUAUCUGCAAUAUUGUUUAGGUAGGAAAUUGUUUCUACUUAUAGAUAUUUGUGAUAUAUAAUGGUUAUUUUUGGGUAAUUUGAAGUAGUUUUGACAGGUAGGGUCUUAGGCUUUUUGUAUCACUGCCAGUUGUACCCUGUACAGUGAAUGCUUUGACAGUGUCAGGAGCACAUGUAAAAACCAGUGUGCAGUUUUUUCAUCCCAAUAGCAUAUCUUGUGUUUGUAAAUAGUCGGCUUGAAGUAAAACCAGUUUAAUUUUAUUAUAUGCCUAGUACAGUAGCCCUAUUUUGUAGGACUGCAUAUUCCUCUUUGUGUUUGAAUAAGUGAACUGUUUGAACAAUUUAACUGGCAAUGCACAAUCACCUUAUGUAUCACAUUUCACAAGUUUAAUGCUUUAUUGCUAUGUUGCCUGUUGUAUUGUUUGCAAGCUCUGUCAUUCACUGCACUUGUAAAUUAUUAAGCAAAAAUUUCAGGCAAUAUUAAGAAUUUCAUAAAUGUGUUGAAGGUAGGAAAUUACAGUGAAUAUGGGAAAGUGGUAUGUUCUCAUUUUAAUUACGCUGUUAAGUUUUUUUAAUUUAAUUUUAAUUUAUUUAUUUAUUAUUAUUAUUAUUAUUUAUUUAUUUAUUUUUAUUUUUUUUGGUCAGUAAUCUUUUGGUCCAUGAAAGAUGACAUUGAGCUAUUUUUUUGCCAACUGGCAGAACAGUACCACAUUACCUGGAGAUAGUUUUGCACUCACUGUGAACAUUUAACAUGCUUGUGUACAUAAAGCAACCACGGAGAGCUCUCAUAUACAACUCAGUCAAGAUAUUUUUGCUCAGGAUUUAUGUCUACUUUAAUUGUUUUAUCAUGGUUUUCAUUGUCCUGUAGAGCUUUAGUUUGCAUGACAUUUCAGAGGUUUUAAGAAUACUCACAGCUCCCCAGCAAUGUUUUUAAUAAUAUUUAUUUAUUUCCAAUUUGGCUUCAAACUGAGCUUCCAUCUGUAAACAUGUAAACACAUUAUAAAUGUAAAUGCUGUUUGUUAAAAAGAAAACUGUCCAGACAUGUACUUAAUUUUAAAACUAGUUCCCAAAGUAUUGGCUUUGAAAAUAGUCAAGAUAUCUGUGUCAGUUAGCAAUGCAUAUAUAUCAAAGAAGGUUAGCUAUUAAAUGGUGCUAAAACACUUUGUUUUGUAUUUGCAGUUUGUGAAAGUGUUUUGAUAGGAAGCAUAUUGCGGAGUGUAAACUUUACUUUUGACAGGAAUUUUGAUUCAGAAAUCUUGUCAGGUUCACUUGGCAAAUGGUAGUUGUCUAAUAAAAAAAACUUAAGGAAAAAGCAAUAUAGUAAUGAUUUAACAUGACUGUGCAAAAGAGCUAACUGUGGUGGCUCUUUUUAUGGCAAUGAUCAUAUACAUAUACUGGAGAAACUAAAUUGACUUUCCUGGCCUGUAAAUGCUUAAGGCAUUUUAACAACCUAUUUGUAGCAGUAGAAUAAAAUGUUGAGUGAGCAUUUUGUACUUAAAACUUGCAGAUGUUAGAAAAAGGAAAUGUGAUCUUUCAAUGAUCACAACUUAAGUCUUAUAAGAAUUGAGAAGAAAUCCUGCCAUUUCUUUUAGUCUACAGGGAUAUGAAAUUUGUAGAUUUUAGCUCCAAAUGUGCAAGUGUCCUCACUUCUAUUAAAGCAUAGAAAAACUUUGUGAUCAUAUGAAGGGCUUUUAUUAUAACCAGUACAUGUAUGCCCAUAUCAAGAUUGUAAUAAAAUGGAAUUAAUUGAAA